AUGCCUCGCGGACAUCGCUCCGCCACAGAAUAUCGUUCCGGCGAGGAACAGGCCGAUGCCAUUGUUCGCACUGCCGCCUACCACCGCAAAGACUACUGUCUCCUCAAAACACCCUUCCAGCGGACUUCUAAUUUCGGACUUGGCUCCCUUGACCGGCUACCACUGGAGCUCCUGCGUGACACGUUGGUCCGUCUUGAUGCGCACUCUCUGUUCAAGUUUCGACAAACGAAUCUUCGAUCACGACAGGCGGUAGACUCUCUUGAGCAGUAUCAACUAAUAGUCUUGCACGGACUGAAACUUUUCUGCGCCUUGUUACGAACACGGCUUGCCGUUGACAUUUCUCUACUCGACUUUUACAAUGCCCUAUGUCUCAAGUCUUGUGGUGGUCUUUACGGCGAAUUUGGCGGGUUCAUAUCCCUCCUAACAUGGAAUCGGUGCUGUUUCAAAUGCCUCAAGGAAGCUCCGGAGACUCAAAUGCAAAUUCUUUCAGCUGCCCGGAAGGAAUUCCGCUUGACGAGGGUCGAGUUGGACCAACUGAGGUCAUUCAAAACUUUGCCUGGAAUAUACUCGAUGGAGGAAUCCGUGCACAAAUCCCGCAUUGCUAUCGUGUCUCUCCAUCAGUCUAGUUUGAUUUGCAGACAGCAGUCCUAUGUGCCAAGGCAAGCCCAGCUAGCGAGCUCAGAACGCAAUAGAAAGUUCAACUUUAUGGGGUCAUGCGCACUUCCGUAUUAUGAUACACGAACCGGCAAUGUCGAACACGGAAUGUCGUGUGCUGGGUGUCAACUUGCUCUCGAAAAAGACAUCAUCGGCACCAAAGGCGAGAAAUGGGCAUUCAAGGCUCGAGACAAAUUAUAUGCGCGAGAUGGCUUUUUGGAACAUUUUCGAUGGUGUGAACAGGCACAGCUGCUGUGGAAAUCGAGCUGCGAAGGGAAAACGAAGCCAACAGAACUGCCAGAGGCUGCUCGAAGAGGCGGCUAUUCAAUAAGAGAGGAUAAAAGGGAUAUGAAACAGUAG